CUCACACGCUCUCACACACCGGAUACCUACCCCAGGUUUCCCGUUCCUGUGUGAUCUAUUUCACACCGCCAAACGGCGACCAGCGACGCGCCUGCCCAGCAUCAUGCGCAGUCAUUCGCGUACUCGUUACGAUAACUGACACUCUGGAUGUGAUUCCGGCGGAGUUGUCACAGCGAUGGAAACAACAUGUUCUCGAAGGAGAAAAAGCUCGAUUUGCAGGGCCGGGUGAUGGACAUAUGUAUGAUCUGGGAGGGAGGACUUGGCCUGCAUGUCCUUGGACGCUUCGGACAUACCGCAAAUCUCGAUGCUGAUGCUGCGUGGUAAAUCUUUCUUACACGCCUUCAACUGUCGAAGCGGACCGAAGACCGAAUGAGUCCCCGGGUGGCCCGCGAUAUCCCUCCGCCCCACAUUGUGAUGUUGACGAGGUAGCAGCAGGCUGGCCUAUCAGGUGGAGGCUUCUGCGCAUCGUAAUCUCGCUUCCUGCGAUGGCGGUUUAUCUCGAGCCCGCCCGGGCCCGUGACCAAUGGGAUUGCAUCCUUGGCAAGGCUUACCCCACAGAACUUAUGGCAAACGGCACGGCCACUGAUGGGGGAUUCUGGAUAAUAUAUAGAAGGAGAACACGCAAGUCAAAAUUGCCUUGUCUGCAUCCCUCUCACUAUCAUGGUCAAUCUCCGCCGCAUCGAAGACCGUCCGACGCCGAAGGAGGUUUACAACUGGAGGGUGUAUGCCAAUGCUAUUGUUGCCACAUGGGGUGCUCUUGUGAGGAUUUUAACUUACUCUCGAGAGCGUCCUUCUGACCCAUUUUCUUCAAUUCGUGUUCCAGAAUUGGGUACAUAUGACUCAGCCUUUAUCGGCACCUCGAUCAGCCUGACAAGUUUCAAGAGCGAGUUUGGCUUGCUUAACAAGUCGACCACCGAGCUCGACCUCAUCUCGGCCAACAUCGUCUCCGUCUUCCAAGCGGGAUGCUUUUUCGGCGCUUUCGCGGGUUACGGGCUCGGUUAUUUCUUGGGACGUAAAGUCGGCCUCAUCGCCGCCAGCGGCAUCUUCGUCGUCGGCGCUGCCCUGCAAUGUGCUUCGUCUUCUGCUACUGGACUCGGAAUCAUGUAUGCCGGGCGGGCAAUCGUCGGUCUCGGUGUCGGAAUCGCGUCAAACCUGGCUCCCAUCUACGUGGCCGAGAUCGCCCCUCCUGCUAUCCGUGGCCGCUUGAUCGGCUUGUACGAGUUGUGCUGGCAAAUUGGUGGUGUGGUCGGUUUCUGGAUCAACUACGGUGUCACGCAGCAUAUCCCGCCCAGCCGCAAGCAGUGGUUGAUUUCGUUUGGUGUCCAGCUGGUGCCCGGCGGCAUGCUUUUCCUCGGAGCCCUGAUCAUGGUGGAGUCGCCGCGGUGGCUCGCAAUCCAGGACCGUCGGUCGCAAGCGCUGCGCAACUUGUGCAUUCUGCGUAACCUCCCUGCGGAUGCGCCGUACAUCGUCGAGGAACUCGCGCAGAUCGAAGCCGGCAUCGCACACGAACGGAGCCUUGCAGGCGCUGGCUUCUUUGGACCCAUGCUCUCGGUGUCCCGCAGCCCUGCGCUGCUCUACAGACUGAUGCUCGGCUCCAUUAUGUUUGUUUGGCAGAAUGGCACGGGUAUCAACGCCAUCAACUACUACUCACCGACGAUCUUCAAGUCCAUCGGUGUCACCGGAUCCAGUACCUCGCUGCUUACGACUGGCGUCUACGGCAUCAUCAAGCUCGUCGGUGCGCUCGUCUGGUUGCUUUACAUGGUCGACACCUUUGGACGUCGGGGUGUCCUCAUCAUCGGUUCCAUCGGCGGCUCGAUCAGCAUGUACUACAUCGGCGCCUACAUCGCGAUUGCCAAGCCGGAAAGCCACGUUUCCACGACCAUCACGCCGGGAGGUCGCAGCGCCAUCGCGUUCUUCUAUCUCUGGACGAUCUUCUACGGUCCAACAUGGAACGGCACGCCCUGGGUCUACGGCGCUGAGAUCUUCCCGCAGCACGUGCGGACAUUCACGCAGGCCUGUAUUGCUGCGUCCAACUGGCUGUACGGCUUCCUCAUUGCGCGGUUCACGCCGCAGAUGUUCGCCAGCAUGGGCUACGGCGUGUAUUUCUUCUUCGCUUCGCUCAUGGUUCUCUCGAUCCCCUUCAUCUUCUUCGUCGUGCCCGAGACGAAGCAGAUCCCGCUCGAGCGGAUGGAGGAGCUGUUCGCAUCAGACAUGAAGCCCUGGAGGGCGCACGACAUUGUUAUGGCCCGGGUGCACGCAAGCCGCGCCGCGCGGGACGACGCUGCGUCGAUCGACGACGACAAGCCGACGCAGUUCCAGCAGGAGCACGUUUAGGAAAUGUAAUGAAAUCUAGACUCGUAGAGCCACCCGCCAGCGUUUCUGGUAAUUAACAUCCAUCAUGUGUAUUGUACGACCACCGCAUCCAUCUGUAUAAAUUGCUGCUUGACGACCUUUCACUAUCGA